GUGGGCACGGCCGAAUUCGGACAGAGUUGGUGCGCCGACGCAGUCCGCCAGAAGUGGAUGACGUAAGUGCCGGCCGGCCCCAGACUGCGCGACAUGGGGAGCGGGGUUCAUGCCCGCUCGACGCUUGGCAGGCUCCGCCUGUGCCCCUUUGCGCGGCUAUAAGAUGUUGCGAUUGUCGUGGCUCUUGCGCUCCUGCAAUUGAAAUUCGGCCGCGCUCUGCGUUUGAGAUGGCAGCGAACGAUGGCUCGAAGGUGCCAGCUUCGAGCAGUGGGAAACCGCCCGGCAAGUCGCCCUCGGGCAGCAGUAGCUCCAAGAAGGCCGACUCCAGUGCAAAAGCCAAUCCGCCUUCUCGGAAACUUCGUGUUUUGUGUCUUCAUGGCUUGAGAACCAGCGCCAAAAUCAUGCAACAGCAAGUGGAAUUAGCUCAAUGGGCUCUCGAAGAUAUCGUGGAGUUUGUUUACAUGAAUGCACCCUUUCCGGCAACCGGUAAAUCUGAUGUGGAGAAGAGAUUUGAGCCUCCCUACUUCGAAUGGUAUCAAGCAAACCAAGACUAUUCGGAAAUCUAUGGCUUGGAAGAAGCGAGUGUACACAUUAUUGAUUUCAUAAAAACACGUGGGCCUUUCGAUGGUCUCAUGGGCUUUUCGCAGGGAGCAGUACUCGCGGGUGCUUUGGUGGGACUGCAGGAGAAGGGCUUGGCGCUUCCCGAUGUACCACGAUUUACCUUCAUUGUUUUGAUUGGAGGAUGCCGAAGUAAGGCUUUGGUAUUGAGACCUGCCUACUUUGACCCUAUCUUGACACCGUCUUUACACUUCAUAGGUGAGAAGGAUUUCAUGAAAGAAGGCGGCGAACUUUUAAUCACUUCUUUCAAAGAUGCAACCGUCAUCCAUCAUCCUCAUGGUCAUCUUAUUCCUAGACUAGGGGACGAAGAGUUGAAGACAUGCAGGGCGUAUUUCCAAAAGUUCUUUGAUCUGAAAUUUAGUCCGAAAAGCUAAGAAAAAGCUCUGAAAGCUCACCCAACAAGCUUACAUUUACAUUCAUAGAUUCAUAAUUGAAGCUGAUGCGCAGGCGGAUCUGCAUUUAAAAUUUCAUCUCAAAUUGUAACUAUAUCGUAGUUCAAGCACAAAACUCUGGAGACUGGCAAGUUUGAAUACAUGAACUGAAUCAGCCGAUGCUAUACUCAUUUCCUUUCUCCAUCCUCACCUCUGUCAGUAAGUGGCUCAAGACGAAUCGAGGCAAAGACAUUUUUCACGAAUGUAUUAUUUCAAAACGUAGACUUUGGGUCUAUCCGUGAUGAAACCGAAUUUAAA